AUGCCUCAAAUGAUCCGAAUCAAGAUGCACGACAAGGAGCUCAGUUUCGUGCUGUCUAAAAGUGUUCUCGCGAAAAGCUCGAUCAAAUCUGCCUUCCUGCUUGUCGAUGAGGCUAUUCUAUCUUUAUCGUAUGAAUUAACUGGCGUGGAGAUUCAUUGCGAGUAAGUCACAUGUGGAUUAUUUCUCAUUUAUUUCAAUUAAUUUAGAAUGAAUGAAAAAGGAACGACGUUUAUACUGCCGGAGGACUUUUCAAAGAUGCAGUUCAAUGUGGAAUCGGAUAAAGCUCCUUCAAGACCAUCAACGCCUGCUGACGUUGAAGGUUUGAUAUUCAUUGAACACCCCAUAUAUUUAAUUUUUGUUUUAGGACCUACACCUAGAAAGUGGCGAAAGAUUGAUCUAGAGUUGGAACCGGUACCUGUAGAUGGAGAUAUGGUUUCUAGAAUAGGCUAAUAUGCUUGGUUUUACACGAAAGAAAACAAUGUGAAACGAUCGGCAAUCCCGGUGACAAAAACUCUUGCAAUCACAUACCGUCAUGGGGAAAACAAGGAUUUUGCAAAAGGCGAUUGUAUUACACUUUCGUCAUAUCAAAACCAGCAAGUGGUUGUUAAUACUUGCGUAGUACUCAUUGAUGAUUCCCUGGAUCUAAUUUUGCUUCAAUCGAAAACCGCCGAACUCUGCGAUAGAGAUUUGAUAAUGGAAGCAGCUCAGCCUAACAAAGGCAUGAAAUACAUUUUGGUAAGUUUAACUAACAAACGACUUGAAAAUGAAUUUCCUUACGUUUGAGCACCUUUUUAGCUCGAAAAACGCAAUUCUAGUUUUUUGGACUUUUGCGCUGUUUUCGACCCUUUCCCGGUGCGCAUAGGAAAAUUUGACACUGGAUUACGGCUUCCCUAGGGUACACCUACAACUCAUAAAACAAAGUUUUCCGAAACUCCAUGUACCCUCCGGAGGUCUCCCUUGUAAGUAUUAUACUUACGACUUAUGAAUUUUGAUUAUUAUCUACACUGAAAUGAUUUCAGAUGGGAUAUUCGGUUAUUCAUGGCAGAACAUCGCACAUCUCAUUCUCCGCAGGAGUAAUAUCGAGCGACAUUACAUCAAGAUUGCGUGUGCUAGGCUCGAGUGGCUCUUUCAAAGGCGACAGCGGUGGAAGUUGCUGGAGCGAAGAUGGAAGGUUGAUCGGGAUGCAGGUCAGACCUGGGCGGGAUAGAAUUUUUUUCAAAAUGCGGGGUGCGGGAUGUGGGAUCAACUUAUUUUUUGCGGGAUGCGGGAUUCAGUUGAUUUUUGCGGGAUGCGGGAUUAGAGCAGCGCGGGAUUUGACAAAAAAAUUCAAAAACCAAAAAUUGCAGGUUGAGACUGAAAAAAAUUCCGCAUACAACGGACAAUAAUGGUCGACCGGCAUCUCCGGCAUCGGGUGGACGAUGUGGCAUUAUUCCGAUCACAAAUAUUCAUGCAAGAAUUGGGGUAAGCUUUACUUAAUGCAACACCAUUAAAUAAAUCAAUGACUUUAGGACUUUUUACCACCGGAAGAAGAUGUCGAUUAGAAUAUAUAUAAUCGCACCACUUGGAAUGGAUGAUCUCUGCGUUAAAAAUUCAGUGUUUGUAUAAGCUAUGUAUUAUGUUUGAUAUUGGUUUGAUGAUUAAAAGUUUUGUGUUCAUUUUGUACAGUGCGCGUCAUAAAGAUAGGACACCCCCCUAAAAUGACGUCCUAAAGAGAACUAAACAUUUUCGAGAAAAACUGUAAAUGCCAUUACAUUUUCAGAAAAAUCCUACCGACUCAAACUCAACUCCAUUCGAUUCCUCGCAUCUUUUUGAGCAUUUUUUAUAUUGACAUCAAAAUUCUAGAUUCCCUCCUUCAGGUAGAAAAAAAUCUUUUUUUUUCAAACUUUAGAAAAUUAUUUCGAUUUUUUUGUCAUACUGAAAAAUUUUAGUACUAACGUGCAAGGAGUUCUUUUCAAAUUCGGAUUGUACUCAUCGAGACGCGUCGACAAAAAAAAAUUGGACCAAAAUCAGAAUGCGCGUCAAAGAUCUAUUCCUGAAUUCAUGGAUUUGGGAGACAUUUUGCAUGCGAAAAAGUUUCAGAUUCCAAUUCUGAAAAAACAGUUUUUUUGUUAAUAACGUUGUACUGCCUCGAAUAUGUGUUCCUAUGCUUUUCUGACUUAUUCACGCCAUUUGCGAGUUUUUUGAAAGUGCUCUGCUUUGAUCACGGUUUAUUUCCUUUCUUGUGACAGCUGCUCGUCGUUUGCGACGCUUUUCAGGUUAUUUUGUUGCAACUUUUUCGCCUUUGUCCAAUACGACUUGGAAUUAAAAUAAUAAAGCUAGGGCGUGUGAGAAAGCAAUUCAGCCAACCUCCCUCAUUCUCUUGUUUAUAUUUUAUCACCAUGACAACAAAAAAAUUAUAUUCGAAUCGUGUAUUACGUUUAUUCGUCAUAUUCUCAAUACUAAACAAUGUUCGAAAAAAAUUAAAAAGACGUUUCUUUCCCACAAGGAACAGUUUCUCCUUGGCCAUCAAAUCUUGCCGUAUGCUGGCUAGAUACAAGAAAUAUAACUUAUGUUGCUAUCAUACAAUCAAAUAAUGUGAGUGUCAUUUAUUAGUUAUUAAUCUCCCUUGGAUACUUGGAGUCCGUUUCAUCAUUAUCCGUGAAGGUUUUACAUGAUGCGAACAGAAUCAAUCAAUAUUCUCCGUCAAUCGAAGUUUUAGAAUAGACACAGAUUGAAUUACAUGACUGUAUUGUCUAUUUUACUGGUCUUUUAUUGUAAAAAAAUAAUGUAAAGAACAUUGCAAAAACGUGUUUUUUUCGGCAUGAUCAGGCUUGGAAAAAAACAUAAACGGCUUCAGAUACAUAUCGGCAACUGGGACAACAAAAAUUGAGUCGGAAGUAAUAUGGGAAACAAUUGUUACUGCCGAGCCAACUGCUAAUGACCAAAUUAUUGACGUCACAACGGUGAACAAAUUCAGCAAAUUUCAUUUUUUUAACGUUCUGUAAUAUAGAUAGGACUUGUUCACCCCAACGCUAGAAACUUUCCUAUCGUUGUUGUUGGAUCUUCAAGAUUCAUUCAAAUUUAUGAUGUAAGGAAAAACGCAACAGAAACCACUUUUUUUCUAUAACACUUGGAACUGCACUCAAAGAUUUCGUACCGACUGUUGGAAUAGAUGUAGGACCAUACUGCAGAGGUGUUUCUUGCAAUGAUAACACAGUCCUCGUUGGUGAGUUUGCGCUACGAUCUUAUUUACUGAGGAUUAUUUGGAGUUUUGAAUGAAGCAUCACGGUCUUUCUUAUACAGUGCGUUGCACAAUUAUACGGCCACUCCCGCUGUAUUGCCACCUGGCGCUCGAAAAUAUUUCUGAUUCGGCGACUUCAUUAUCGGAUUCAGGGCACACAGUUACGUAUAUUCGAAAAAUUUUUCGUACCGAUACUUCAAAAAAACUGUUCGGACUGUCUUGAUAAAACUGAAUUUAUUCCUCUUGCAACCUUUUGCAAAAAUUAUACGGCCACCCCAGCGAAUUAUGCGUUUUCACUGUCUGGACCUUUCAUUAAAAAAAUGAGUUUAGUAUUUUUAGAAAAAGACGUUUUAGAGCUAUUUUUGUUAUUAUGACGGUUUACAACUUCUCGUAUGACAUGCCAUGUGGCAUUUUAAUACGGAUGUCGGAAAAAAAUCUCUACCUCGGCGUUCAAGACGGCUGAAUGGUCGAACCGAGUGAUCAGUUGUCAUCUAAAGUUCUUCAGUUUCAUUUCGUGUCCAGUCCCAGCCUAAAAAUAAUAAUUUAGAAAGGCCGAGCCAACGUGGAAACUGGAUGUUCGUGCCAAAAGGUUUGCCAUCCCUGCCAUCAAAGUCAAAUGACGGCAUCUAUUAAAACCGUAAGGGUGUCAGAUAAUUCUAGCGGACUGUUAAUUACAAGAAAAAUUUUAUCUGAAUGCAUUUAAAAAAAUCUUUUUCUGCUCAGAAGAUGCCGGCAUUUAACGAGGUUGCAAAGGGCCUAUUUUUCAGUUUUUUUAAAAAUUGUUCGAACAGUUAUUCAGUUAUCGUCACCAAAAAUCACCAAAUAUACGUAACUGUGUUCCCUGAAUCCGAUUUUUGAAGUUGCCGAAUGAGAAAUAUUCUCUAGCGCCACGUGGCAGUGCACAACGGGGGUGCCCGUGUAAUUUUGCAACCCACUGUAUUAAACAUUCUUCGUAAGACUUGAGCAACGUGUGCCCUAGGAACAGAUUGAUGUAAAUACAGUGCGUGUCAUAUUUUUAGCAAGGAAAGGUAACACCCCCAAGUUUGGAAAAUUCUAAAAAAUCAGAAAAAUUCUGAACAGCACGCUCAAUUCUUUGACUUUUCGGGAUUUUUCAGAAUUGUCCAGUUUCAACAUUUUUCCCCUUUUUAUAUCACACAGAGGGAAUCUCGACAUAAGGAGGGUCAGAUCAUGUCGGUAGCGAGAAUGUAUUCGCACACAUUUUAAAAUCCAAACAGCGGCAUUGGCAAAACAGAAUCACUCGAAAAUUACCGAGCGGUCACCGAGCAGACGCUGAUUAGCCAAAAACCAGUAAUCCGCCAAUGAACAGUCACUGAAAGAGACACUAAGAACUGAAGAAUCACGGUUCGAUUACUGAGAAACACAGUGAGAAAUUAGCGAAGCAUGAGGGAAGCACAAUGAGUGAAAAGUCAGUGAGGAGCUACUAAAGAGACGGCGAUCAUUGAAAAACUAAUAGUAGGAUCACUCUCAGAACGAGAAAAAAACCAAUUCGAAAAAAACACAACUUUUUUUCAUUAUUCGUUGGUUUCAGGUACAUACUCAGGAGAAAUAGUUGUGCUGAUGUGCAAUGGGGACUCUAAUUUUACGGAUCGAAAGAAUCUGAAGGUUUGCAAAACGUGAAAUCGUGCGCACAUUAAUGUAAACAAUUUUUUCAGGAACACAAAAACGCAAUAACAGAUAUUUCAACUUGCCGGUAUGAUGAAAUCACCGUCAGCGCAGAUUCGCGUGGAGAACUUAUCAUAUGGCAAAAACCAGUGAAAGGAGUUAAUUCAAGGAUAACAACGAAGUAAGAAAAUAACGAUGAAAAAAACAGCACGUGAGAAACUUUUAAAGGCAAAAUAUUAACGUUAUAAACGUUUUGCGGAAACAAAUAAUCGUUGGAACUUUGAGAGGGCUUGUACAGUACUAUUCAAUCACAACCGGCAAUUUGAUGUGCCAGGUAAAAUGACGCUUCAAAUUCAAUAAACUAAAAUUAAAAAAAAACAUUUUUAGGUUAACGCUCAUUCAAGACCUAUCAAUAGUGUUUCUGUCGCUCCUGAAAGCGCGUAUGUGCUGACAUCUUCCGAAGACGGCACGUUCAUCGUAUCUAAACUUCAUACCAGAAAACCACAUGCGUAUCAAGUUUGUCAGGCAACACUUAUCUUUAGAAGUAAUGACUCAUUAAGGUAGAGUGGCGGUAUUCGGAAUGUGACCCCGCUUCACCAAUUGUUGGAGCUCAGUUUACAAAUGGACGUGGAAGUUCUAUAG